AUGUCCUCACCGACCUCUGGCAAAAGGCCUCCGAACCGGGAGCGCGAGUCGCUCUGGUGGGACUCGGAGGAAUCGGGUAAGACAGAUCAGUGGCAACGAUCACAAUUCACUUGGCUGACACCACCGCUCAAGAAAGUCUCAAGUAGCGAUCGAGUAUGCCUACCGAGUGUCGGACACCGACCCGCCGACCUGGGUGUUCUAGGUACACGCCAGUACGGCUACCCGGUUUGA